AGGGUGGGUCAGGGGCCAAGGGACUUUCUAGCCACACCCAGAGACCUCUGACACAGAGUGCUGUGGCAUAGGAAUUCCUGUUCCAGACUUGGCCAGCUGAGCCCACCGCAGGCACCUGUAAGAUGAAGGCUCUCUCCUUCCUCCUCCUCCCCGUCCUGGGGCUGCUGGUGUCCAGCAAGACACUGUGUCCGGUGGAUGAAGCCAUCGAUGCUAAGAUCCAGGAGAGCACCAGCUCGCUAAUUUUGGGGGCAUUAGGCAACAUUGUCCUGAACUGCCAGACUGUCACCUCCAGGGGAGACCUGGCCACUUGUCCCGCAGGCUUCGCCAUCACCGGCUGCACGUGUGGCUCCGCCUGCGGCUCGUGGGACGUGCGCGCCGAGACCACAUGCCACUGCCAGUGCGCGGGCAUGGACUGGACCGGAGCGCGCUGCUGUCGCCUGCAGGUCACCGGCGCCUGAGGUCGCGCGUGCGCCGCGUGGGCG